AUGGAGGAUCUGGGUGGAAGAGGCUCCUCACUCUGGAGCCUCACCCCCAGACCCAAUAGCCUUGACUCCCUUGUACUUACACUCCCAAGUCUGGAAUCCAUCUUCACCAGGAGAAGAGUAUUUAUUAAUGAUGAGGGGGAAGAGAAUGAAGAUGAUGACAGUGAUAAUGGAGACUUGAAAAUUGAUGAAAAAAGGUCUAAAACAAGGCCUAACUCCCAUCCACCUCCCACCAACACGACGGUAACAUCUGUUAAUAUUAAGAUUAGCUUCGACGAUGAGUAUGGCACAUCAGGGCCAGUACCAAGCAAGGCCAGAGUUUACACAGACAUUAAUUUACAAAAACCCCAAGAAUACUGGGAUUAUGAAGCAUAUAUUGUAGACUGGGGAAAUCAAGAUAAUUAUCAGCUUGUUCGAAAAUUAGGCCGGGGAAAAUAUGGGGAAGUGUUUGAAGCCAUUGACAUUACUAAUAAUGAAAAAAGGGUUGCUAAAAUUCUAAAGCCAAUAAAGAGGAAGAAAAUCAAGCGUGAAAUCAAGGUCUUAAAGAAUUUGCAAGGUGGUCCUAACAUCAUCACUUUGCUAGAUAUUGUAAGAGAUGUCGAGUCACGAAUACCUGCUUUAAUUUUUCCAUAUAUCAACAACACCAACUUCAAGAAAUUAUAUGACAUGUUAACAGAUUUUGAAGUUCGAUUUUACACCUAUGAGAUUUUAAAGGCCUUAGAUUUUAGUCAUGGCAUGGGGGUUAUGCAUAGAGAUGUGAAGCCCCAUAAUGUCCUAAUUGAUCAUGAUCAGAGAAAGCUGUGGCUCAUAGACUGGGGUUUAGCUGAAUUUUACCAUCCUGGACAAAAAUAUAAUGUUCGAGUUGCUUCCCGAUACUACAAAGCUCCUGAGCUUCUUGUAGACUAUGACAUGUACAAUUACAGCUUGGAUAUGUGGAGCUUAGGGUGUAUGUUGGCUAGUAUGAUCUUUCGUAAAGAACCGUUUUUCCAUGGACGUGACAAUAAUGAUCAGUUGGUGAGGAUAGCCAAAGUUCUGGGCACAGAAAGUUUAUAUGACUAUAUUGGCAAAUACAAAAUUAAAUUACAUUCAUCUUUCAAAGAUCUCAUAGGCAAACACACGCGUAAGCCAUGGGAGCGUUUUGUGCACAGUGGAAACCAGGAUCUCGUGAACCCUCAGGCAUUAGAUUUCCUAGACAAACUACUACAAUAUGACCAUGAUACACGAAUCACUGCCAGAGAGGCCAUGGAUCACCCCUACUUCUCAGCUAUCAUGACUGAGGAGAGUUCAUCUAGAAGACAAGAGAGCAGUACGCCUGUCAGCAAGACAGAAAUUUCUUCAAUGACAGCCCCUUCAAUUUGGGAAGAAUCCACAACAGUUUCUACUUACAAUUACUUUGGCAAGACAUCUCAGAAGUAA